UGUUUGGCGGGAACACUUAGGAGGAGGUCGUCGUUCUCUCCGCUGGUGGCUUCACAAAGUGUUUGUCACAUAGAUCCAUAAAAUGUCGGACGUGGAGGAUGCUGGGGAGCCUAUGGAGGUUGGGGAGAAUUCGAAUGAUUCAUCGUCAGCGGAGACAACAUCGUCUAGCCAUGCGGGUGGAGAGUAUGAGAACAAAAUGGAAACCGAUCGGUCAAAGAGGUUUGACUAUCUUCUCAAGCAAACAGAGAUCUUCUCUCAUUUCAUGGUUGGUGCCAGAGAUAAGACCCCAUCUUCUCCCCUGAAGUGUAAACCUGGCCGCCCAAAGAAAUCAGACAACCACAAGUCUUCGAUGAUUGGCGACCGCAUGAAGAAGUUAAGAGCCACAGACCCUGACCAUCGCCAUCGCAUGAGAGAGCACGAAGAGGACGAGGAAUUACUAGCUGAAUCCAAUAAAUCAUCAAAGAUUAUAACCCGGUUCGAGGAGAGCCCCAGUUACAUCACCAAUGGCGAGAUGAGAGACUAUCAAAUUAGAGGCCUCAAUUGGAUGAUAGAUUUGUAUGAAAAUGGGAUAAACGGUAUUCUUGCAGAUGAGAUGGGUCUUGGUAAAACACUACAGACUAUAUCUCUCCUUGGAUACAUGAAACAUUUCCGUAAUAUUCCCGGUCCACACAUGGUCAUCGUGCCUAAGUCAACUCUUCGUAACUGGGAGAAUGAAUUCAAGAGAUGGUGUCCUUCCUUACGAGCAGUAUGUCUUAUCGGCGACCAAGAAACUAGGUCUACAUUCAUCCGGGAGGUAAUGAUGCCCGGAGAGUGGGACGUGUGCAUCACUUCCUACGAGAUGUGUAUUAGAGAAAAAUCCGUUUUUAAAAAAUUCAAUUGGAGGUACAUGGUUAUUGAUGAGGCCCAUCGCAUUAAGAACGAAAAAAGCAAGCUUUCAGAAAUUGUUCGAGAGUUUAGAACCACCAACCGCUUGUUGUUGACGGGUACUCCUCUUCAGAACAACCUGCAUGAGCUAUGGUCACUACUCAAUUUCUUGCUUCCUGAAGUCUUCAGCUCAUCUGAGGAUUUUGACUCUUGGUUUAAUACCAACAACUGCUUGGGUGAUGCUUCCUUAGUUGAACGUCUACACGCUGUACUGAAGCCAUUCUUGCUACGUAGGCUUAAAUCAGACGUGGAAAAGCGUCUCUUGCCCAAGAAAGAGACGAAAGUCUACAUUCAGCUUUCAAAAAUGCAACGUGACUGGUACAUGAAGAUCUUGAUGAAAGACAUCGACGUUGUAAAUGGUGCAGGUCGCACAGAGAAGAUGCGUCUGCAGAACAUUCUAAUGCAGCUGCGUAAGUGUUGUAAUCACCCAUAUCUCUUUGAUGGAGCAGAGCCGGGCCCACCGUUCACAACAGACUUUCACCUGGUGGAAAAUGCUGGCAAAAUGAUAGUGCUUGAUAAGCUGCUUCCCAAGCUUCGAGACAUGGGUUCGCGCGUCUUGCUUUUUUCUCAGAUGACUCGCAUGUUAGACAUCUUGGAAGACUACUGUGUCUGGCGCAAAUAUUCAUACUGUCGUAUUGAUGGGCAGACUUCACAUGAAGACCGCCACAGGCAGAUUGAUGAAUAUAAUAUGCCAAAUUCAGAUAAGUUCCUGUUCAUGUUAUCAACUCGUGCUGGCGGUCUAGGUAUCAACCUGGCCACGGCAGACAUUGUUAUCCUUUUCGACUCGGAUUGGAACCCACAGAUGGACUUGCAGGCUAUGGAUAGAGCACAUCGUAUUGGACAGAAGAAACAAGUGAAAGUGUUUCGGUUUAUUCAAGAAAACUCUAUGGAAGAGAAAUUAGUGGAGCGUGCCGAGGUUAAGCUCCGUCUGGACAAGAUGAUCAUCCAGCAAGGUCGCUUGAUGGACAACAAAUCAAGUGCUUUGGCUAAAGAUGAGAUGUUGGCCAUGAUCAGACAUGGGGCCAAUGAGGUGUUCAAAGGGAAGUAUGAUGCAUUCACUGAUGAGGACAUUGAUGCUAUCAUUGGCAGAGCAGAAGAGAAGACUGAGGAGUUGAAUAAGAAACUUGAGGCUCUUGGCGAGUCAUCUCUUCGUCAAUUCACCCUUGAUGUCCCCACUAACUCAGUCUACCAGUUUGAGGGAGAAGACUACAGAAAUAAGCAAAAGGCAAUAAUUGGCAUGUGGAUCGAACCCCCGAAACGAGAGAGGAAGGCCAAUUAUGCUGUGGAUGCCUAUUUCAGGGAGGCACUCAGGGUGUCUGAGCCUAAAGCCCCAAAGGCACCACGACCACCGAAGCAGCCAGUGGUUCAGGACUUCCAGUUCUUUCCACCGAGAUUAUUUGAGCUGCUAGAUAAGGAGAUCUACUAUUACCGCAAAACAGUUGGCUACAAGGUUCCCAAGAACCCAGAGUUUAUGGGAGAUGCUGCUCGCAUCCAGAGGGAGGAGCAACAAAAAAUAGAUGAAGCAGAGCCAGUUACAGAAGAGGAGAUUGAAGAACGAGACAGUCUCCUAACACAAGGGUUUCUCAACUGGAGUAAGAGAGACUUCAACCAGUUUAUCAAAGCCAAUGAGAAAUUUGGCCGAGACGAUAUCAAAAACAUUGCCAAGGAAGUUGAAGGUAAAACACCAGAUGAGAUGAUGGAAUACUCCGCAGUCUUCUGGGAUCGCUGCUCAGAGCUUCAAGAUUGUGAUAGAAUUCUGGCACAAAUUGAGAGGGGAGAGGCAAAAAUUCACCGUAGGACAUCAAUUAAAAAGGCCCUUGAUGCCAAGAUGGCUCGGUACAGAGCACCCUUCCAUCAGCUGCGAAUCUCUUAUGGAACUAACAAGGGGAAGAACUAUUCUGAGGAGGAAGACCGCUUUCUUGUGUGUAUGCUGCAUAAACUGGGCUUUGAUAAAGAAAAUGUGUACGAGGAGUUACGAGCAGCUGUAAGAUCUGCACCUCAAUUCCGGUUUGAUUGGUUCAUCAAAAGUCGAACAGCAUUGGAGCUCCAGCGCCGAUGUAAUACAUUAAUUACUCUCAUUGAACGUGAAAACCAGGAACUAGAAGAGAAGGAACGAGCAGAAAGGAAGAAGAGCAAGCCCAGGGGUCUGUAUAUGAAGUCAGGGAAGCGUGCUGGUGGUGCUCAAGAUGGACGUGGAAGACGAAAGAAAAAGACCGAAUAAAUGUUAAAGACGAGUUUACCAAGUGGUAUGAAAAAAAUGAUCAGUAUCUACAAAGACAGAGCUAAAUUAAAUAUUGGGAGCUUUUUACUGUAGACUUCUGCUGUGCAAAUAUAUUGGGUAAUUUCCAAUACUGUAUAAUGAUAGUUUUUUGAAAUUACAAAACUUGGAUAAUAUAAAAGAAAUGUGUAAUGUGUAUCUUGGGACACCAUUACUACACUCAUGUUUCCCAAUUAAUAUAUGAACUUAGGUUUAACAAAUUUAGUCUGUUUGCUUUUGUCUUCCACUGCUAUCUACACUACCACCAGUCCACUUUUCUGAUGCAUACACAAGUUGGUGAAGCAGGCUAGUGGUUUUCAAGAUAGCUAUUGAUGAUGCAAGAAUACAGAAUUAAAUUAUCAAUUAUUGUAAUAAAUUUAUAUAAAUUGUUGUGCAAGUUGAUAAAAUUACCAUAAAAUCUUUAAAUAAGAACAAAAUACGAUGAAACUUAUUCCCCUAAAAUGUGAGCUAGAGCACAGGGUUCCCAUCCGGAAGCAUUGAGUGUAGUUAAAGUACCCAGUCAAGUAAAUGCAUCAAGUUAUAAAAAUGUAAGAGGAUGAAGAAUAAUUUUGUAGGUGUUACCAAAGAACCCACACAGCAUAUGUGGGUAAAUUUGCCAAGAGUACUAAAUUGGGGCAUAUGAACAUUUCCCUCAUAAAAUUUAGUGUAUUAAAAGUAAUAAAAAUUCAUCUGGGAAUUUGUGGCCGUGAUGCUCAUAAUUUGCCGUUUCAUUUCUUAAAUUACUUACCUAAAAAAAAUGUGGCAAAUGAUGUGCUGAAAUGUGGAUUAUUUCUCACAAUAAAUCAAGGUUAAUUAUUGAUGUAAUUAUUAUUAAGGUGCAUUACAGGUAAAAUAGACCCUUGAGGUGCAGAGUUGAGUAAACAAUAUAAAAUUUGCUUUAUAAAUAAUUAUCAAAGAUGUUUGUACAGAAGGAAAGUCAUGAUUAAAGUCUGCAUUGAUUUAUCAUGCGAGAGAUUUAAAAUUGUACGUUGGGUAUUCAAAUGAGUCGUCUCAAUAAGUCUUGUAAACACUUGUGUGAAGAUUUAACUACAGUCAGGAGCAUUCAGAGUAAAGCAGCUGGUGGCAAGUAUUCAAUGCCUGUCAUGUUCAGGAAAUUUUUAAUUUCAUCCAGUAAAGACGCCUGGAACUGUAAAGAAGUGUGGACACCUUAAGAGUGCAUUACACUGUUUUAUAUAAAUAUUUUCCUAGGUCAAAGUAAAAUGUUAUAUUUGCACCUAUUAUGCUAUUAGAAAAUAUACUUUGCAGUACCACUUUGAAAUUGUUUGUCUUAAACAUUGUCAUCAGUAUACAGUUAUGGGUAAUUAGACAGGUGUCAUAUUUCUCACGUGUUGGAUACUUGUCCCAGUACAGUAAUUCCAUGACGUAUGGAGGGCUAUCCAUAGCCUAGUCAAGAUAAUGCCUGGCAAAUGCAGAUGAGGAGUCACAAUAACGUGACUGAAAUAUGUUUACCAAACCACACACUAGAAAGUGAAGGGACGACGCCUUUUCGGUCCAUCCUGGAUCAUUCUGAAGUCGAUUGUGAGAAUGGUCCAAGACGGACCGAAAUAUCGUUGUCCCUUCACAUUCUAGUGUGUGGUUUGGUAAACAAUGUCUGGCAAGUUCUUUAUUUUAAUGUGUAAUCUUUUCUAUAUAAAAGUUAAAACAAGA